UAUAUUUACCUGAGAUUAUGAGACAGACUUCCUGUCAGAGAGCCGCCGACCGUCAGAGCAGCAACAUGUCCACAUCGUCUUCAUCAUCUUCAUCGUUCAGCAGCGGCUCUGCAGGGCCGCCCCCCCCCUGGAGGAACAACAGCCUGCUGCUGGGGGGGGGGCGGGACCCCCCUCUGUCUGACCAGGGAGAGACCAUCAUAGGAGUGUACCUGCUGCUGCUGGGUUGGUUGUCCUGGUUUGGAAACAGCAUCGUCCUCUUCGUCCUGUACAGACAGAGAGCCGUCCUGCAGCCCACUGACUACCUGACCUUUAACCUGGCCGUCUCCGACGCCAGCAUCUCCGUGUUCGGAUACUCCAGAGGCAUCAUUGAAAUCUUCAACAUCUUCCAGGACACCGACUACCUCAUCUCCUCCAUCUGGACCUGCCAGGUGGACGGAUUCUUCACACUGGUGUUUGGUCUGAGCAGCAUCAACACACUGACAGUGAUCAGCAUUACCCGCUACAUCAAAGGCUGUCAUCCGAGCAGAGCGCGUCACAUCAGCAGGACCAGCGUCUCCGUCUGUCUGCUGUUCAUCUGGAUCACAGCUGGAUUCUGGUCUGGAGCGCCGCUGCUCGGCUGGGGCAGCUACAAAGACCGAGGCUAUGGGACCUGCGAGAUCGACUGGGCCAAAGCCAACUACUCCAGUGCCUACAGGUCCUACAUCAUCUGCAUCUUCAUCUUCUGCUUCUUCGUCCCGGUGCUCAUCAUGCUUUUCUGCUACGUCUCCAUCAUCAACACGGUGAAGAGAGGAAACGCUCUGUCAUCAGAGGGCGACCUGACCGACCGCCAGAGGAAGAUGGAGAGGGAUGUGACCAUAGUUUCCAUAGUGAUCUGUACGGCCUUCAUCCUGGCGUGGUCUCCGUACGCCGUCGUGUCCAUGUGGUCUGCCUGCGGCUUCCACGUGCCCAACCUCACCAGCAUCUUCACCCGCCUCUUUGCCAAGUCCGCCAGUUUCUACAACCCCCUCAUCUACUUCGGACUCAGCUCCAAGUUCCGAAAAGACGUGGCUGUCCUGCUGCCAUGCACGCGUGAUGCCAAGGACACUGUCAAGCUGAAGCGUUUCAAGCCGAAGGCCGACGCCAGAUUCAAAGCUCCUCUGAACCGCACCGAGAAAAAGUACUCGCCUGGGAACCAGCCUUACGCCGCCCCCAGCCCAGACUCUGGGAUGGGAAGCCCACGCUGCACGCCGCCACCCACUAACAAGGAAGUGUUCUACAUCGACACGCCCUGCCCCUCUGAGACUGGCCCUGAGUUUGAAUGUGACAGACUCUGA